AAGUUAUUCAGCAGCAUAGAAAAGGAGUGGGAAGGUUUUUUUUGUCUUUUCAUUCACACGUGGAUUGCAUUGGAUAUAUCAGCUGGCACAGGGCAGAUGGAGCAUCUAAAGGACAAUCUGAAAGUAACAUCACUUAAGGACACUGAGCACUUCCACAGCAAGCAGCCCUUGGGUGGUACUGUGUUAUGUGCCAACGAGUCAAGCCACAUGGCUGUGCCUUGUCGCCCCAUGGUGAGGGGAGCAAGGAGUGCACAGGAGAUUCUGGCCAUGCAGCCCUCAGAAAUGGACAAGAAGAGAGAGGCCUUCCUAGAGCACCUGAAACAGAAGUAUCCUCAACAUGCCUCGGUCAUCAUGGGCCACCAAGAGAGACUUCGAGAGCAGUGUUUGCAGGGGAUGUUGUCUUCGCUGCAGUGUGAACUUAACAUUCAGCGAUAUCUGCUAAAAACUGAAUCACUCCAUCAACCCAGAAAUCAGAGUGCCAGGGCAGGUGUGCUGUGCUCAAGUCUAGUACCAUUGCUCCGUGAUCAGCCAGACCUCGGCUCGCUGGUGUCUCUGGACACUUUAGAGGUCAUGUCUGAGUGUGAAGUGCCUGUUGCCUUUACCCGUGGUUCCCGCUCCCGGGCCAGCCUACCUGUGGUGCGCUCUGCUAACCAGACUAAGGACCGCUCACUAGACAGGGCGGACGGACCAGGGCAUUCGCCCGCCUGGCCGUGCCUGACGAGGAGCGCUCUCGGCCGGCUUGGGAGGCAGACGGCAGCCCCUCCUGGAAGUGUGGUUUUACCAUGGGCCUCAUGCGGUGUGCUGUAUUUGCAGUAUGGUGAUGACACGAAGCAAAUCCGGAUGCCCAAUGAGAUCACAACUGUAGACACGGUGCAAGCUUUGUUUGUCAGCGCUUUCCCACAGCAGCUCAGCAUGAAAAUGCUUGAGUCACCCAGCACAGCCAUCUACGUCAAAGAUGACAUGAGAAACAUGUACUAUGAGCUGAGUGAUGUCAGGAGCAUCACAGAUCAGUCGUGCCUGAAGGUUUACCACAAGGACCCAGCACACGCCUUCAGCCAUGCAGCUCGGCCCAGCAACGGAGACGCCAGGAUGCACAGAGAGGCAAUGUACACGAGUCGAGAUGCUCCUCCUCUGAUACGUCAGACAUCAAACAGUCCAUCUAUGCCUCCUACUCCACACUCAGUAACUGCUUUGCCUUCACGCAUCCCUUUUGGGCUCCGCUCAUCAGGGGGAGGAGCCACCAUGCCUCGUGAGAGAGCAGGCCACCCACUGGCCACGCCCACCCGCUCAGCUUCACCGUGCCCCAGUGCCAUUCUUGAACGGCGUGAUGUCAAGCCGGAUGAAGAUGUCUCUGCCAAAGGCAUGGGGAGGGGAGGAGAGGGAAUCUACAGUGACCCUUUUCUGUUACAUCACCAUGCUCCACCUUCAGAAACACUGGACCAAGGCUACCAUCGUGCUUCUCUCCGUUCUUAUGGCAUUUCUGGAAUGGCUGUGGAGCCGACAGAGCAUCACUCGCUGUUUCGGCAGAAAAGUUGGAAGACUCCACCCCCAUCGCCACAUAGGAUGGGUGAGAUGAGGAUCAUUGACAUCCAGGCCAGCCAAUCUCAAGGCACUCUGGGUCUUGAAAGAUCUUCACCAGUCAGACAAUCAUUUAGAAAAGAAGGGCCUAUUGCUGUGGAUAAGGGCAGGAGUACAAUGGGGUCCCCUGUGACCUCUGAUAUUCAGGGUCAUGGUCUGCCAGCACCGUCUGUUGAACCUCAGACACGAGAGAGAAUGAGGGCUAUGGAGGAGCAGAUAGCCAGUCUGACUGGCCUUGUACAGCAUGCUCUACUAAAGGGUCCCAGCAUUAACAGAGGUGACAGGGAGCAUGCCAGUGACAGAUCAGUGAAGUCAGGAUCACCUGUUCACAGCACAUCUAGUACAGGAGGUUCUUCUCCAGUGCUUGGAACCAAAAUGGCCAAAGUUACACCUGAGAGUAACUCUGUCCCAACUCAUCCCGUUAGUACCAUCCCUCUACAGGUGAACCUCCUACAUUUCAGGAAGAACAUCUCUGAGCUACGCCUCCAGUUGCAGCAGAUGAGACAGCUCCAGUUGCAGAAUCAGGAAAGUGUGCGUGCUCAGAUUAAACAGGUGGAACAGGAGAUCAGUGCAAGACUGGCUGAAGUGUUGAGACAACAGGAGGAUCCUGCACAGAGACAACGAGCUCUGGUGGAGGAAGAGAGGCACAAAUAUCUCCGCAUGGAAGAAUCGGUUCUUACACAGUUGGGGGAUCUGGAGCAAUACGUAGAGUCUGUGAGAAGGGACUCAAAUGCAGCCACAGCUGUGAGAGCAAUCACACUGAAAGAAGUUGAGGAAGGAGCAAUUGGCCUGAGGAAGGUUGGGGAAAGUUUGGCAGCACUCAAAGGAGACUUCCCAACAUUGCAAGGGCGAAUGCGGGCUGUGCUCCGAGUGGAGGUGGAGGCUGUGAAGUUUCUCAAAGAGGAGCCGCACAAGCUGGACAGCAUGCUGAAGCGAGUCAAAUCACUUACUGAAACACUCAGCACGUUGCGAAGGUGUGCCACAGAAGGUUUACUGAAAUCUUCAGAUUCGGUCACCACAGUAGUUGAUGAAGGAGAACCAGCGCCUCCUGCUGAUCUCCACAGCACUAUCACUCUGCUUGAGCCUCAGAAAUCCUCUUUGAGUUCAGAGGUUGUCAACUCCCAGCCUCUGUUAUCCCACUGUGGCCAGAGCUCUUACUCACCCGCUUCGGAGUUGCCUACAAAACAGAUCAGCAACACGAGGCAUGUUGAGACAUGCAGCUCAGCUCAGCCAGAACAUGCACCACCACUGAGCAGCAGCAGUGGAGUGACUUUAAGUUGUAAUGUGACCCGUUGUAAUGGAGCUCCUAGCAGUGGAACUUCAAGCCUGUUUAUCGAGGAGAUCAUCAGUCACAGCAAGGGCAAAAACAGAGCCCCAUCCAUUGAGGCGGCUGAGAAAGAGUGGGAAGAAAAGCGGCAUAGCAUGUGUCAUUAUGACGGAUUGGAGUUUGAGAAGAUGCUGCAGGAAGCAGAAGCCAACAUGCUGAGAGGAAUACCAAGCAUGGAUGUUUCAGUUGGGGGUGGGAUUCUGCCAAGCCCUGCUGCAGCACCUCCUUCUACCUCAGAGGAGCGAGUGGAGAAACCCAAGCCUUCUGCACCCCCAACACAAGAGGAUAAGCAGCCUGAAAGGCCCAGCUCUGAGAAGUCCACUAAAUCAGGACCUGAUAAAGCUCCAAAACCCCAAGUUGAAAAGGCCAUUAAAACAGCAGUGUUGAGUAAACCUGUAAAACCCAACCUGUCAAUCAAAACAAGCUUGGAAAGACCACCAAAGUCUCAAGACAAAGCCACUAAAACAAGUCAGAGCUCAGACAAGGCCAACAAAUCUCCCCCUCCACCUCCCCCACGCAGGAAUUACAUCAACAGCACAGGAGUCACCACCACCCGCUCAGGAGAGGUCAUAUACACCUGCAGGAAGGAGUCUGGAUCUGCACAGGAAGAUGAAGUUGAUGCUCCAAAUCCAGUGCCUCAGCACAAACCAAGGAGUUCUCCUGAAGUGAAGCCCAAGCCAUGCACUCCUCUUCCUGUCACAGCUUCUGCCAUUCUAGAAGAGGAGGAUGAGGGGGACAAGAUUAUGGCAGAACUGCAGGUUUUCCAGAAGUGUUUGGUUAAGGACAUAGAGCUCAAAGGUUCGGUAGAGCCACAGAUCAAAGAGUUAAGAUCUGGGGCCUUAUUGCCCCUCAAAGAUAAGAAGCAGAAUACAGAAAUCCAGGAGAACAAAGAUCUGGUCAUGGAUGAAAAUGGCAACAACGCAGUACGUCAAAAUACAGGGGUCAUCUAUUACGUCACAGCACAGAUCACCAAGGAGCCUCCAGAGGAGUCAACUGACCACAGAGCUGCAUCUCAGUCAACCCCAUCACAGGUGUCACAUGUCAGUACUAAUGAGAAAUCCCAAAACAAGCUGCUGGUAUCCUCAGAUGGCCUAUCUGGUAUCCCAGGCCAUGGCCCAGACAACAUUUGGAGCCUUUCUAGUGAUCUACCAUAUAAACCACUGACUUGUUCAAGCUCAAUGAAGACAAAGGAACCAGGCCCAGGUAGCCCUACACAGGGGAAAGUCCAUGUGGUCAAGGUUCCACAGGUGCAACUUAGCAUAGAGGAGACAGUGGAGUCUCCAACAGCAAUUUGUUCACCCGUCUCACUGGGUGGCCCUGACCUCAUUCACUGCAAGGUACCUGCAACCCAUGGUGAGUUGAGUUCAACAAAUCAGCAGCAGGUGUUUAGUUUACCCAAGACUAGGGAGAGCAAGUACAAAGAAGUGGAAGAUGAAAGUGAUACUUUCCUCAGUCCUGACUUGCCAGGAGAAGAACCUCCUCCUCCACCUGAUAAUAUUGCCUUCAUGAUCACAAACACCAAAGUGCAGGCUUUGUCCACUGGAGAGUACCAGGAGCUUGUAAAUGCCAAGAGUGGAAAUGUGCAAACUGUGACUGUAGGCAGCAAUCCACAGACUAAACAUGGCAGUGACAUUUCUACGGUUUCUUGUAGCAAUGGUUUAGCUGAUGCUGAAAAUGGUGAAUUCAGUAAAAAGCCUGUCAUUAUCAUUUUUGAUGAACCAAUGGAUAUACGCUCAGCCUACAAACGUCUGUCCACCAUUUUUGAGUGUGAAGAAGAGCUGGAAAGAAUGUUGGCUGAAGAAAGGAUAGAGGAAGAAAGUGAGGAAAUGGAGGAUGAGGAUAAAAGAAAUGGGGGAGUACAGGUAGCAAAAGAUGGGGAUAAGAUGAAUUCUGGGAAAAUACAAAAUGGGGCAAACCUUGUUUUGUCUUCAUCACGGUUAUCUGAUGGGGAGACACAGGCUACUAGUGAUGCCAAACCGGAUGUUAAGAAGAAGUUCAAGCUUAAAUUCCCUAAAAAGCAGUUGGCAGCUCUAACACAGGCCAUCCGCACUGGUACUAAGACAGGCAAGAAGACCUUACAAGUGGUGGUGUAUGAAGAUGAGGAGGAAUCAGAUGGUACUAUUAAACAACAUAAAGAGACCAAAAGAUUUGAAAUUUCUUGUUCCAAGCAGGAUAACUCAAAAUCAGAGUCUGUUGCCCAGGAACCACGUGGAAGGACAGAAGAGAUCCGAAAGAACACUUACAAGACACUUGAUAGCCUUGAACAGACUAUCAAACAGCUUGAGACCACAAUCACUGAAAUGGGACCAAGGUCUUCUGAUGACCUGCUGACCACUGAAUACUCUAAACCUCAUGACAGCCAAGGUGCAGAGGCUUCAGCCAAAGUAGUUCCUCAGAAAACUUUGGUCACCAAACCUUCCAACUCCAGCAAGCGCCCUAGCCUUCGGAAGAAGCCCAAACCACAGCUUCUUCCUCGGCCUGCUGUGAUCACCACAACAGGCACCUCCGUCACUCCAGCUCCUCCUCAGCAGAAUGUCAGCGUGGCCCCUCCUACUAGUCGGAUGCCAGUGCCUAUGUCUGCCAAGACCAGGCAGCAGCCGGGCACCUCAGACAGAGAGAGGGCAACAAAACAGCUAAAGCUGCAAGACUCUCAGAGGCAGUUUCGCCAGGCUAACGGAAGUGCUAAAAGAUCUGGAGGAGAUCCCAAAUCCACUUCCCCUACAAUGCCUGCCUCUAAAAUCCCUGCUUUUUCCUCUAGUGCAGGAAAAGGUGCUUCUCAGCCUGAUGCUACUAACCCUGUUAACAACUCUGCUGUUUUUUCAUCCUCCUCCUCCUCUAAGUCUUCCAUCCCCAACCCUCGCUCAAUCCCCAGUGCUUCCUCUCAUAUUCCCUCCCUUUCUAAUGGUUCUGUUAAGAUUGCACAGUCCACUCACAACACUAAAAGCCUGUCCUUGUCCACACAGACCCAAAAUGGACGAUAUUCUUCUUCUUCCUCCUCUUCUUCCCACUCUCCUCUGUCCCCCACCAUGUUGUCACAGGGUUCAAAGAGUAUCCGAACCAUUCACACACCCAGCUUCAUCAGUUACAGUCGGCCACACAAUGGGAAAUCAGCUAUCCCCACAGCAGCAAGCACCAAGGAGGCUUCAUAGAAUGCUCAGCCACUCUGCCAUCAUUUGCUUCUGUUCUAAUGAGGUAGUGCUGCUUCUCAUUUGCUCAAAUACAGUAUACCAUUUUUCUUGUUUUGUUCCGACUAUCUUAUGAUCAUCCAAGAUAGUCAUCCAGUUCUGUAUACUUUCAGUGUGUGUUCAAAGUAUGUUUUUUUGUGUUGUUUUUUUGUUGUUGUUGUUUUGGGGUUUUUUGGUUUUUAUGGCUCUUGCUUAUUCAUACACUGCCCCCCCCUUUUUUUUGCAUCCUCCCUCCAUGUUAAGUGUUUGAAGCUUGAAUUUCUGAACAUCACGGUAACAGAAUACUGAUGUUCAUAAGUGACUGCUUACUAAGUGUUCCUAAACAAAUCCAAUACAAAACUGGAUGUUCAUAUUUUGAUUUGUUGGUCUUUUUAGCUUGAUGAUGAUGAUGAUGUGAUGUCUGGGUUGGUUGUGUGUGUGGGGAGAGGAUAUUACACGGUUGUGUGAUAUGAAAUUUAUCUUCGAGUGGUUCAUGUAUAUAUCACGAGAGCGACACAAAUGAGUGAAAAUAUUUUCAAUAUGAGAACAAAAACUUCAUAUCUUCACCCAGCCAUGUAAUGUUCUUUAUAUUAUAUGGACACAUCGACAAAAAUACACAAGUUAAUCAAAAGAAUUUUAAUUUUGAACCAGUUUGCCAUUUUGACAACGCACAUUCAGUCAGCAGGAAAACACUGGGAGUGACGUCAUUGGCGUGAAAUAUUGGAAAAUAUGUCCCUCAGAUCCACAAUGUAUUUCGUGUGAAAAAUGAGUUUUUCAACAUGAGAAGACAAACUUCAUAUUGUCAAGCCAACGUGUGAUUUUUCUUAUUAUAUAAACACGUUCACAAACAAAAAGUACCCAAAUUUAUCAAAACAAUUCAUUGAUUUCCUCACGAGUGAUAUAUAGAGAAUUGUCAUGGUUUUGGUUCUCCAUGUCCUGGAUGUAGCGCGUAUGGAAAAAAAUAUGAGUGGUGUAUUUCCCAGUAAAACACUCGUGUUGUAUAUAAAUAUAUAAAUAAAUAAACACACACACACACACACAAAGUGUGUUAUACAUACACACACACACAUUUAUA